GUACUAGUAAUAUAGUAAUAUGUAUUUACUCUAAAAUACAACAUGAAAUGAGAAAAUAAAUAUAAUUUAUCCAUAUGCAAGAAGUGUUAGACCAUCGUGUUCAAUGGAACGCCUCGUUCACCUUUCCUUGCAAGAUGAUGGCCAAUGCCAGCACUGGCGUGAUGGAAAGAUGCCUGCUAAGGGUGUCCGUGAGGAAAGAGUCCAAGGGUGGAAGGUCCUUCACCAAGCUGGGCUUCGUCGAUCUCAAUUUGGCCGAGUAUGCUGGCGCGGGGGUUGUCAGGAAGAAGGCGCUGUUAGAAGGAUAUGACGCUAGAAGGCGACAAGACAAUAGCAUGUUGAAAUUUAGGAUAGAACUAAGUAUGGUGUCUGGGGACAUACUUUUCAAGGCUCCCUCGCCAUCGCUGAAGCAUAAGCAAAUAAACGUUGAUGAAGGUGGCAACGAACAGAGGUCCGACGAAUUUUCCAGUGGAUCUUUAGCAGGUUCGAUAGCCAGCGGAAGUUCCGGAUUUGGAUCACUGCCAAAGAAAAGGCCGGCGCUGCUUUCGUCAGACCUGGUGAUCGGGCAAACCCUCCAAGAAACCAACGCGGCCACUCCUCCUAUCGUCGGCGACUAUGCAUCCGAUCUACCCACCCAGCCGGACCCCCAAGAACCACCGAUCGUUCCGACGAGUACCACCUGCAGCAGCGAACCCGGUCACUCCAGGAACUCCUCGAACACCAGCCAGCUAUCGAAGGCUUCGGGGUACAGUAGCGGAGCGCAUUCGCACAGCAGGCAGAGCAGUUCUGGGGAUUCGGGACAUGUCAGGGGCUUGCCUCACCAUCGUAAGCUGCUAGAGGGCGCUUCUACGGGUAAGCUAGCGCCGUUGGCGAUCAGUCCUGACGACGAAUCGCCCGCUGUUGUUGCGGUGACUCCGCCUGCGACCAACGAUACGGCCGUUGGUAUGGCGACGGGCGGAGGUCAGCUGCAGCAAUGCCAAGUCGGUGCUUUGCAGAACGGGGAUCAGAGGAGAUGCAGUAUCACUACGAAUCCGAGUGCGGGUAGCCUAGUCAUAUCAGAAACAGGAUCUUUGGACAGAGCCAAGGCAGCUUACGAGAGGCGGAAGAAGAAUAAAGAAGAUAGCGAAUUAGGGUCAAGCUCGACGGCCCCUGGCAGAGUGGAAAUCACCAGGGUGAAUCCGGAUGAUCUCAUCGAGGAACUGCUGAAGAACACCAAUUUGGAAACGGCUGAUGAUUCGGCUGAAACGUCUGGUCUACAGUUGUUCAUAGCGAAAGACGGUACAGCGGCGGUGGGCAAUCACGAGGUGAAAUCCCAAAUGCAAACCGGAGGCGUGCAGAUAUUCAAACAGGUGGUGAUGGACGACAGGUAGCCUUCGUAAUGGAAGAGGUGGAAGUGACGGAAGGAGUUUCAGGCUGUACACGACAAACUCAAGAGCUCGGUGCAAAUGUCGGUCAUCUCCAUAUUUUCUUAAAUGUGUUUCUUCCAUAAUGUCAAUAAGUUAACAGAGAUUAGCAAGAUGGCUAGGCGCUAGGCAAGACUAGAUAAAAUAUAAGGAGUGGCCACGCAAUCUGGAAGUCAUGGGAGUGUCAGUAAAAUAAAAUUGGUCGGAAAAGUCAGGAAAAAUAAAUGGUAGAGAGGAAAAUUCGUGAAUCUCUUGAGGAAAGGCAGGUGAAGAGAGUGUAAUGUCCGUUCGCGUGGUCACAUAAAAAGCGAAGGGCCGUAUUUGCCUUCUUACUUCGAAGGACGCCUUUCUGGCUAUUUUUCGUACAUCUUUUUUCUCCUUUAAGAAGCCAAAAACUAUGUUCCUUUUUGCUUUCCUAAAUGAGAGAAAAAAACGGAAGGAACAAAGGUAGUUUAUGGCCAAAAAGGGUGGAAAAUAGCAGCGACUGUGAAUACGACCCUAGGGAUAGGCAAGACUUCUCAGAAUUUCACGUAGAAUUUUGCUCAAAGCAUGGCAUAGGGCAUUGAUGAUAGUAAAAUAUGGAGCUGAUUCAUUUUUAGCCUGAUUCUAACUAAAAUUGGACUAUUGGAGUAUUUGGAUGGAGGGGAUGAAUAAUCCUCUUUAGGCAUAGUGACGCAUCUGUAAACUUGAGAGAAGGGAAAAAGAAAUCAAAAUAUACCGAGUAUUGUGUCAUUACUUUGUGAAUAUGCACUUUGAAAGUUUAAGGGUUUGGAGCAACGAUUUUGAACAGCUAAAAGAGACGAAAAUGUUGGGUAUAUGAAACGGCUUUUCAAUUUUCUUUUAUUGGUAAGAUCAAAAAGGUGGAUGAUUGGAGAAUAUGAUUCGUUUCGCUUGACUCUGUUUGGAGAUUUAAAAAAAAUGUAAUAAAAGGUGCAUAAUCAGCUGUCUUUUUAUCUUUUUUUGUCUGAGCUGACAAUUUUCUUACGGCCAGAGGUCCUAAAACUAAGCAUGUCUCAACCAGGUGCUAAUCUCUUUUUGAGUUUAUAGCAACCGUCUAUCUGUUAACUUAAAAAUUACGUAAGAACUUCUGCCUCUCGGAUUUUUCUAACUUUAAUACGAUGGCGGUUCAAUAAGUACCCGUGUUGGAAAUGAAAACGAUUUUUUCCAAUUUUUUUUCAACAUAGUCCCCUUUUAGAAAGAUACGUUCCUGCCAUUUUUUAACCGCUCCUAAAAAUUGGAUUUGUCGAACUCUCAAAAAUAAGUCUCUGUCUCGCCUUCUUUGGAACAGAUUCACCGGGAGAAAUCCAUUGUUUUGAUUGUUCCUUAUCUUCUGUAUCAAUCAGUCUGAAAUUUGUUGUGCUGUCGUUUGAUAGAUGGCAGCACACGAUGAUAAUACCAACUUCCCCCAGGAACGCCCUCUGUCGUCAAACACGAGUGCUUAUUGAACAAGCCUCGAUUUUUGCACGAAGUUGACUUUUACCGAAAUAUUAUGAAUAAUAAAUCUUUGCAAUCUCCAUCUUUAUUUUUGUUAAUAUAUGGUUAUUAGACCAUUUUACGUCUCUUGAUUCACCCAUGCUCCAAGAGUCAAUAUUGAAACUGUUCAUAGCCUGGACUAUAGUAUAGUGCAAAACAGUACCCGGCAGAUCUGUCUAUAUCGAUAUUACUAUUUCAUUUAAAAAUAUGUAUUGUGUUUGGUCAAAAAGAGCGUUCUGUUAGUUGGUUGUCAUUUUGGUUUUGUGGCCAUAGCCUUUUAGUUUUGCGUUGUUUAGUGUCGAUUACCCUAACAUCACAAAAUUGCUAGAGAUCCAAUAUUUUCAGUUUACGUGACAUUUAAAGAAAUGUCAUAGAGUUAAUUUUCCGUUUGAAAUUUUAUUUUAUUUUUUUAUCCUAUUAUACUUUAAAUACCAGAACAUUAUGAAAACUUGGCAACCAUAUAUUUUUUGUAAAGAAGGUUUCAAGAAAUGCUUCAGGGUAUGAUGACCUCAGAGGUCAUUUUUGUACAUUCGAAUAUCAACCACCAUUUUCGACAACAGAUUUGUUUGGAGCUCGAGAUUUUCAUACAUGAGGUCAAGUGGUCAUAAGUGGUUCAAUCAGCAUGACCUACUGUAACAUCAGAACAGUACACGAACAUCCCGAAAACUUAGCAACCACGCAUUUUUGGGAAAAAAAGUUUCAAGGAAGAUUUUGAAAUACCUUAAAAGCAAUUUGUCGAUCACUAAAUACGACCUAGACAACGACCUCAAAGCUCAUUUGGAGGUCAACUUUGUAUAUUCAAAUAGCAGCUAUCAUUUUUGGAAGAAUGUUCUUUUGGGGCAAAAUUGCUAGAGAUCUAAUAUUUUCAGUUUAUGUGACAUUUAAAGAAAUGUUAAUUUUCCGUUUAACAAAUAUGUUUAAAAUUUUAUUUUAUUUUUUAAUCCUAUUAUAACUAUUACAUACCAGAACACUCUGAAAACUUGGCAACAAUAUAUUUUUUUCAAAACAGGUUUCAAGAAUGUUUCAGGGUAUGAUGAUGAGACAAUGAUCUCAGAGGUCUUUUUGUAUAUUCAAACAACAGCCACCAUUUUUGACAAUAGAUUUGUGGUCAUAAGUGGUUCAAUCAGCAUAACCUACUGUAACGUCAGAAAAGUACACGUUCAUCCCGAAAAGAAAGGUUUUUGAAUACCUUAAAAGCAAUUUGUCGAUCACUCUAAAUAUGACCUAGCCAAUGACCUCAGAGGUCAUUUGGAGGUCAACUUUGUAAAUUCAAUUUUGACCGCAGAUUCGUGUGGGGCUCGCGAUUCUACAUCAUAAUUGUUUGACACACAUGAGGUCAAGUAGUCAUAAGCGGUUCAAUCAGUAUGACCUACUGAAACGUAACACGAACACUUUGAAAACGUGGUGAACACGCACUUUUCCUCACUCUGUAUCGUCAGAGUACAGAGCAGGUCAUACCAUGAUUUCUUUUUGAUCUUUUAAGACGUAGACUAUUACUAAUCACUAAUGACCAAUUGACCUCAUGUAUGAAAAUAGAUCCUGAUGGUAAAUCCCGAGCUCGACACGAACCUACUGUCAAAAAUGGUUAUUGCUGUUUGAGUUUACACCUUUGACCUCCAAAUGACCUAUUGUUUCGGUCAUAUCUGAGGUCAUAGACAACUAACAUAUUUGAUACCAUGAAGCUUUUCUCAGAACCUGUUUCGGGUUGCUAUUUGAAUUUAAAAAAUUGAUCUCCAAAUGAGUUGAGGUCAUUGUUAAGGUCAUAUCUGAGUACACCGACAAAUUGCUUUUUUGAUACCCUGAAUCGUUUUUCAGAACCUUUUUUACAAAAAUGCAAGGUUGCCAGGUUUUUGGGGGUGUUCGGGUAUCUAAUAGACACAGCUACCCAAGCGCGCCCAGCGGUCAGCGCUUGAACUAAAGAAUGUAUAUACCUCAGUUCUUGCGACCGCCACUAGGAGCGUUGCUUGUUGGAGCUGUUUGAGUCGCCAAUGAGAGUGCGAGUAAAGAAUAAUCAAAAAAUUAUUUCGCGAACUAGCUGUAGAAUGCCUGGAGGCCGAACGUAUUGUUAGAAAGUAUUACAACAGCAAUUGUUGUCAAUUUUUGUGAUAUAUAUUGUUAUUAGUAGCGUGAAAAUAAGUAUGUAUACAUCACGAUUGUUGAAUGUGAUGUUGCGGAUAUAUUGGUUCUGACAAUAUUAUUUAUUGUAAAUUAUUAUUUACUGCGUAUUAAAUAUUUAUUUUAAAUGUAAAACUGG